AUGGAUCCAGACCCAACUCCUCGUCUGCGCCUCAUUCUUGACCACACGACUAAAAAUCCCGAUGCUGCGACCACAGCCACAGUCUGGAACCCCGAAGACGAGCUGCAUGGCCACCUCGAGUUGUCGAGUACGGAAGAUCUUGGCAUUGAUGGCAUCACAAUCUACUUUGAAGGCGUCUCCCGCAACUGGAUAAAUGAAACGAACGUACGCAUUCAUCGAGUCCUCAAGGCGGAGCGCAAGUUUCUCAGUCAAGCCCAUGAUAUCUUGCGCAGCAACAUAUCUCGAAAGGACUCGUCGCCCGGGGCGUUUGUUUUCGAAGCACCGUUUCACUUUAUCAUCUCUAGAGCGAUCCCGUGCACUAAUCCCGAUUCACCAGAACAAUGCUUGCAACUGCCUCCAUCACUCAAUUCGGGAGAGGAGUUUGUCGACCAAUGUACGGGGAUGCGAUUCGCCCAGCCCCGUAUUAUAUACUUCUUACGAGCCACUGUGAGCUUCACCACUGAGGACCACCAAGAUUGCAAGUCACUGGAGACGUUUCUCCCUAUAACUAUCGCGCCGUACACCGAGGAGCUUCCCCCAACAGAAACAGAUGAUUUCCCCAUGGAGUUCAAGGAACGAGAAUCGAAAGUGUUGCGGCGAUCGCUUAUAGGAGGUACGCUGGGAACGAUGAAUGUCUCGUUGCAAGAACCACCAGCUCUCGUCUACAAAACCUCAUCUACUGGCAGUAGUACGGCGGCUCUCAUGACGCUAGAGUUCCAGUCGACGAGCACCAGCUCAAAUGACAUACCAAAGAGCCUCCAAGGAUUAAGCUUCACAGUUUUUUCCUUGGUCAGAGUCAAGACAUUCUACUCGGUAAAGUCCUUCCCAAGGUUACCAAGUCAAACCUUGCUGGAAUCUUUUAGUGAGAUGAGGCUUCGCGACGGCAUCAUAAAGCUGGAGACGCAGUAUGUUCGAGACGCUUCAUGGGGAUACAGGUUCAGCUUAGACAGUCAAACCGAUGCAAGCCUGGCUUCCCAGCUCGGUCUCUCCAUUUCGAACAAGGUAGCCUCAGAGAACGGCAACGGACAAGUAUCGAUGACAAGUGAGCCGAGUGGAAAAUGGAUUUCCAAUUGGACCGUCCCCAUCGAGGUCAAUGGGCGCCUCCUACCUAGCUUCUGCAGUUCAUUAGUCGCGCGUUUCUACACCCUCAUUGUUCGAGUCAAAGUCGCCGGAGCCCGGCAAGAAAGGUUUGAUCUUGAAGUGCCUCUCCAGGUCAUACAUACUCCUCCAAGCAAUCCUGAUUCUCCCACGGUGGAGCCCGUCAGAGAGCGAUUCUUGGAGUAUCGGAGAGCUUCAGAGUCGUCCUGGUUUAGCGAUGAUUCACUGGAAUCUGAGCAAGACCCACCGCAAUACUACCCGUGA